CUAUCUCCAAGAUCCCUUUUCCUCUCCCUUCUUCUUCUUCAUCUUCUUCGUCGUUUCACCAUGUCUUCACCGUGUUCAUUGAUUAUCUGUGUCUUCUUCUUGUUCUUCUCGUUAUUUACAAGUCUAUCUGUUUCGGACCCAAGAGCUACGAUGGCGGGUCUUAUAUGUUCCAACAAUACAGCAUCACCAUCCCAGCGACAGAGCUUUGUUGAUAACUUCGUGGCGGCCAUGGAUGCUGUUACCCCCCAAGUCACUUCCCGUAGAUAUGCCAGAGUUGUUAGUGGGAGUGGAAACACCACGGUGUACGCCUUUGGUCAGUGUAUGAAUGAUCUCUCGCAGACGGACUGUGACCUAUGCUUCGCCCAGUGCAAGACCCAGAUCCCCAAGUGUGUUCCCUUCCAAAAAGCGACUCGUGGUGGCAGAGAUUUCUUUGAUGGCUGUUAUCUGAGGUACGACGAGUAUGAUUUCUUCAGUGAAGCUUUGAGUCCUGAGGACCGGACUGUUUGUGGGAACCAAAGUUUCGCUGGAAAUCGGAUAGCUUUCAGGGCGAACACCAUCGUGCUCAUGAAGAAUCUGAGUGCCCAAGCACCCAAGAAUGGUGGUUUCUUCGUUGGGUACGUAGAUCGAGGGAACUCCACUGUGUACGGAUUGGCACAAUGCUGGGAGUAUUUGAAUGCAAGCGCUUGCAGUAGUUGUUUGCGAAAUGGGGUUUCAAGGAUUGGUUCAUGCCUGCCAAAUGAUGAAGGAAGGGUGUUGAACGCUGGGUGCUAUAUGAGGUAUUCGACGCAGAAAUUUUAUAACAAUUCAACGAGCGUUGCAGCUGGAGGAGGUGGAGGAGGCCACCACUUGGCCAUUAUUCUGGCUGUUACUCCUUCUGUAUUGGUGGCUCUGAUGGUUGUUGUGACAGCUAUUUUCUUUGGAAAGAGAGAACUCGCAAGGCGGAGGAGAGAGAGGAAACAACUUGGUGCCCUGGUGUCAACUGUAAAUAAGUCUGAGCUCAAUUUUAAAUAUGAAACUCUUGAAAGGGCCACAAACUACUUCGACAAUUCUAAUAAACUUGGCCAAGGAGGAUCUGGUUCAGUGUACAAAGGGAUUUUUCCAGAUGGGAGGGUUGUUGCCAUAAAGAGGCUUUUCUUUAAUACAAGGCAAUGGGUAGAUCAUUUCUUUAAUGAAGUCAAUUUGAUCAGCGGCCUACAUCACAAAAAUCUUGUAAAGCUGCUAGGUUGCAGUAUUACUGGUCCUGAAAGCCUUCUUGUUUAUGAAUAUGUUCCAAAUAGAAGCCUCCAUGAUUACCUUUUCGAUAGAAAUAAUGCUCGGCAGCUAAGCUGGGAGCUGCGAUAUAACAUCAUCCUGGGCACCGCUGAAGGCUUGGCCUAUCUCCAUGAAGAAUCAAACUUGAGGAUUAUUCACAGAGACAUUAAAUUGAGCAAUGUACUGCUUGAUGAGAACUUUACAGCCAAGAUUGCAGAUUUUGGGCUUGCUAGACUAUUCCCGGAAGAUAAGACUCAUGUCAGCACUGCAGUAGCAGGAACACUGGGCUACAUGGCUCCUGAAUAUGUAGUCUGCGGCAAAUUGACUGAGAAAGCAGACGUAUAUAGUUUUGGCGUGCUCGUGAUUGAAGUUGCUUGUGGGAAGAGGAACAAUUCCUUCUUGCAAGACUCAUUGUCUAUUUUACAGAUGGUUUGGAACCUGUAUGGGUCAGGUAGACUAUCCGAGGCUGUUGACCCACAGCUGGAGGGUGGGCUUCAUGAAGAAGAGGCCUGUCAGGUACUCCAAAUUGGACUACUUUGUAUUCAAGCCUCUGCAGAAUUGCGGCCAUCGAUGUCUAUGGUGGUAAAAAUGCUCACUGAUAAGCAUGACAUCCCCAGGCCGACACAACCACCAUUUCUUAAUUCGAGGAACAUGAUGAGCUCCAUACCUCCACCUGGAAGUUACAAUUCCCAGCCUGAAUCCUGUGGUCGAUCUUCUGGAAAUAAUGAGACAGAGAGCUUGAUUGAACCCAGAUGAACUAGUUUCCUCUUGAAGAAUCUUGCUUAUAUUAUGGAAUUCUAAUCUUGUCUUGUUACUCAAUUUACCUGGCUUACCUCGGGGCUUAAGACUGGCCUCAAGAUAGAGACUCCGCUCACUUUAUACAUCGAGUCUUCAGCAUUUUUCUGCAUGUCCUUGUAUUGGCCCAAUCUUGGUUGAAGUUGGACUGCCCUGAACGAUUCAGUAGGUGAGUGCUCAAUGGCUGGAACACACCUACAGGU